UAGCCGCUUAGCUCUGUGGCCGGACAACAGGAGGGGAAGCCGGGGGAGCGGAGCAGAAAAACACGGACAACAGUAGGAGAUGUUCCCGGCGGAGGACGGCAGAGGAGCGCGGUGACCGGACAGCGAGUCUGCCGUUGGAAAAAGCCGCUUCCUGACAACCAUGCACUCAUUACCUGCUCGCCCUCGCCGUUAGUGUGUGUGUGUGUGUGUGUGUGUGAGUGUGUGUGAGUGUGAGUGUGAGUGUGAGUGAGAGAGCGCUUGUAAUCCAGGAUGGGGUUUGGUCGUGAUCUGAGGAAUUCCCAUGAGGGAUUACUGAAGCUGCAGGACUGGGAGUUAAAGCUGCUGGAGACAGUGAAGCGGUUCAUGACGCUACGGGUGAAGAGUGAUAAGGAGUACUCUGCUCUGCUGCUCAGCAUGACUCAGCAAACUGAGAAACAGGAAGCUGCUGAUUACAUCAGCACCGUCAGCAAGUCCUGGUCUCAGGUGAUCCGUCAGACAGAGGCAUUGGGUCGAGUGAUGAGGAGUCACGCUGACGACUUGAACUCUGGUCCUCUUCACCGCCUUGCCACGUUGAUUCGAGACAAGCAGCAGGUGAAGAAGAGCUACCAGAGUCUUCAUCAGCAGCUGGAGAGCCACAACCACAAGGUAACCAGGAGUGACCUGGAGAAGCUGAAGGCGACGUAUCGUCAGUUGAGCCGUGACGCAAACAACGCCAAAGAGAAAUACAGAGAGGCGCUGGCCAAAGGUCGGGAGGCAGAGCGUGCCCGUGAGCGUUACGACAAAGCGACAGCGAAGCUCCACAACCUUCACAACCAGUACGUGUUGGCGGUGUGCGGCGCUCAAACGCAGCAGGACGAACACAGACGCCGUGCCGCGCCCGCUCUGCUCGACGCCCUGCAGAGGAUGCAAGAGGACAUGACACUUGCACUUAGGAGUAUUCUGGAGGAGUACUGUGACAUCAGCAGUCUGCUGACGGAGGAGAUCGUGAAGGUUCAUCAGGAAAUUUCAGCAGCUGUUCAGCAGAUCGAUCCUCUGGCCGAGUACCAACACUUCAUCGACGCCUACAGGUCUCCGGAGACCCCAGAGCCAAGCGUGGAGUUCGACACAUCUCUAUUGGAGGAGACGGACAACCUGCCGGCCAAUGAGAUCCUCUGGAACACGCUGACGGCUGACAGCCUGCAGGCCAUGUUGUCAUCGGCAACAGAAGAGCUGACGCUGACUCAGCAGAAUCUGAGGACGAAGGAGGCGCUGGCCGAUGACCUGGACACCAAGAUCCAAACGAGUCAGCAGAGCGCUGAGAGGAGGAGCGACUGCGUCCUGCUGCUUAGUCAGAAACUCUCUCUGCUCGAGCUUCGUCACGCUGUCCAAUCACUGCGUGGCUCUGAGGCCCGUCUCGCCUCCCAGAAGGCCCUGCUGGAUGCCAAGAUGGCUGCCGCCACCACCUCCCCUCCCCCACCACCGCCUCCCCCAGCGCUGCCUUACGAGGACGAUGCCCGCUCCGUCGGCUCCACGGAUAAGACGAAGGAGAAGAGCUCUCGCUUCGACACGCUGCGACAUUCUCUGGCUGGGAUGAUCCGUUCUCCUAAAGCCAUGCUGGGCUCCUCCACCUCGCAGUUCUUCGAUGUGAUCCCGACAUCAGAGCGCCCCCUGGCGGAGCAGGAGUGGUAUCAUGGCGCCAUCCCCCGCACCGAGGCUCAGGAGUUACUACGGCAACAGGGAGACUUUCUGGUGAGGGAGAGUCAUGGUAAACCGGGCGAGUACGUCCUGUCUGUGUUUUCUGAUGAACAGAGACGACACUUCAUCAUCCAGUUCGCCGACAGUCAGUACCGUUUUGAAGGGACCGGCUUCUCGACCAUCCCUCAGCUCAUCGAGCAUCAUUUCUCCACCAAACAAGUCAUCACCAAGAAGUCUGGAGUCGUUCUGCUCAACCCCGUUGUCAAGGACAAGAAGUGGAUCCUGAACCAUGAGGACGUGGUCCUGGGAGACCUGCUGGGAAAGGGUAACUUUGGUGAGGUGUUUAAAGGAACACUGCAGCGCGACAAAACGCCGGUCGCCGUCAAAACGUGUAAAGAAGAUUUACCUCCAGAGUUGAAGAUCCGCUUCCUGUCUGAGGCCAGGAUCCUGAAACAGUACGACCACCCAAACAUCGUGAAGCUGAUUGGCGUUUGUACGCAGAGACAGCCGAUCUACAUCGUCAUGGAGCUUGUUCCUGGUGGAGACUUCCUGUCCUUUCUGAGGAAGAAGAAGGAUGAGCUGAAGACAAAGCAGCUGGUUCGCUUCGCCGUCGAUGCUGCUGCUGGGAUGGCGUACCUGGAAAGCAAGAACUGCAUCCACAGGGACCUGGCAGCGAGGAACUGUCUGGUGGGGGAAGGCAGUGUGUUGAAGAUCAGUGACUUUGGGAUGAGUCGUCAGGAGGAUGAUGGAGUUUACUCUUCAUCUGGACUCAAACAGAUUCCCAUCAAAUGGACCGCACCUGAGGCCCUCAACUAUGGUCGUUACAGUUCAGAGAGUGACGUGUGGAGUUAUGGGAUCCUGCUUUGGGAAACCUUCAGUCUGGGGGUGUGUCCUUACCCUGGGAUGACCAAUCAGCAGGCCCGAGAGCAGGUGGAGAAAGGUUACAGAAUGGCGUGCCCACAGCGUUGCCCUGAUGACGUGUACAAAGUGAUGCAGCGCUGCUGGCACUACAACCCAGAGGACCGACCCAAGUUCUUUGAGCUGCAGCGAGACCUCGCAGCCAUCAAAAAGAAGUGAUGACAUCAUCAUGUACUCAGCAGCAGAGCGUCAUCAGCGAAGACAAGUCACUUUUUUUUUCAACAAGUAGGCUUGGCCGGUGGGUGGGCGUGGUCAGCAGGCAGAAGUGGUUCAGAAACACAUUGUCUUUUCAGACAAAAAAAAAAAAAAAAAGUUUAUUGGAAACACUAAGACAAACACAACAGCGUGAUGAACCUGUUAGCAUGUACAAUCUGAAGCAUGACAUCACAAUUCAGCCAUUAUCGAUUUUACGAUCAAGGUAGAAACAUCUUUACGUUGCGUCUGAAAAAAUGGAGCAAAUGGACCUAUUAGCUUAGCAUCAGAUAUUGUGUGAUCACAUGAAUUCUGUUUGAAUCUACGUUAUUCCUGAUCAAUGUUAAUUGUUACAUAUCGAUUAACAGACAAAGAAGGAACUGACGACAAGUCGUUAGCAUGAGAUAAACUCCAGACACUAAUCUCUGACUAAAACACUCACACACUCACACCUGACAGGUGUUUCAACGUUUACGUUAAAAACUUUGAGACAAACAUCUGAAAAAAAAACAAAAAAUUCAUUUUUCAUGUCUCCAACAUGUAACAUGAAACACUAAAUAAGCUCAAAAUGUCAAGAGACUAAAACAGGUGACAGUCAGACGUUAAGCCACACCCCCAUCACUACAGUUACCAGGGCAACAGAUUGAACACUAAACAUUAUUCCACUGCUGAGGACCAAUAAGCUGUCAGCACAAACAUAAACUGUUAAUUUGUUUCUGUUUUUAUUUAUUAUGUUUUUACUCAUUUUAUUUCUUUUUGUGUUUGUUUGAAAAAGUUAAUUUACAAACUGUUUUGGAAGGAAAGUGGACCUUUAUUCUGAAAAACGAGCUGUCAGUCAUCACACAGACCACGCCCGCCCAACUCUUUUUUUUUUCUCUGUUUUUUAAAGUGUGAUUCCAGGAAAUGUUUCUGACUUAUCAGUGGUCUGGUUGUUGUCACGUAAAAAAAAAAGUCAACAGUAUUAAAAAAAAAAAAAAAAAAAAGUCUUAUUUUGAAAAUUGAAAAGCAGGAAGAGAAUAAAUGUAGCUUUUAAUUCGUCAAAAUUUAAAAAUGUUAUAUUUAUUUUAAUUAACUACAAAUAAGAAACAGUUCUUAUUGUAAAUCAAUCGAGAGUACUGAUUGGUCAACAUCACUUCCUGGAAUGAGUCUAAAUGAUAAUGAUGUCAGAGCUACUUACUGUUACUGUAAAUAAAGAUGUUUUUACAGUUUUUUUUUUUGUUAAAUCAUCUUUGAGUUUUUCAUUUUUUCUUUUCACUAAUUGCGUUUGUCUUUUUUAUUUGUUUAAGCUCUUUAUAAAAAUAUUAUCGUAGCAUUUAUUAUGAAAAUAAAACAACUAUGAACACA